UCAGAUUGUUUGGUGUAUUUUCUCCCAUAAUAGGUCGUUUUGUUGUCAAAUACCUUUCGUUCUACGAUGAGUCAUAGAGAACAUUUUUUGAGCUCUGUCGUGAACGAUUCUCCACAAGCUUUCCUUCGUUUUAUAGAACAGCACAAAUCAAAGAAUGAUACAUUCGACAUUGAAGAGACUUUGCAGACUUUGCCGAAAAAAGAUCACGAAAGGUUGUGGUCCGGUCUCCGUGACAUGACACACAAACUAUUGUUGACAAAUCCUGUUGGCUCUCACGAAAAUGAAGAUGAAGGACCUUCGGAAUGGCCUGUUCUUCUGUCACACCUGGAGGGGGUAACAAAAGUUGCCCUCUGUGCUUUAGCUGUGAUACUAGAGAAGUCCACCCAUGUUUCUUCAGCUUUUUUGGAAACAGCUGUCAUUCUUCAUGGUCUCUUGAUGUCCCUGCCGGAAGGAUAUGAAUCUUUGCAGAAUGAUAUUGCUCAGCUGUGUGAACUUUGGUUUCUCAAUGAACUGGAAGGAAAGGAGGAGUUGAUCACACAAGCUUUCCCAUACUUGAUAAUCAAGAGCCUUGGCAGAGGAAUUAUUUCUGAUGUGAACCGUGUGUGGAGUUUACGCCAGUGUCUUCAUCUUAUGGACUUUGAUGAUGACUCUUCUGAAUCAUUAAAGCAACUACUUCAUCAAUGUAUGAUCCACCCAGUAUACCUCAAGUUGGAGGAGGGGCGACGUUUCUUAAGCUAUGCAUUUGGAUUAAAUCCUGGACUCUCCAAGGAGUUCCAUAGGACGAUAAAGAACCAGAUUCCGUACUGUUCUAUGAAUGUACUGAGUUUAUAUGGUGAAGUUUAUUUUCGUGCCUGGAGAGUUGCUUCUGGAGCUUACUUAAAGGUUUUAGAAGAGAACUGUAUACAAGACCUGAUGUUUGCUGCAGUUCAUGCACAGCGUACUGGUACUCAGUCGAUGGCAUCAAGACUGCGAAAGGUUUUAGAAUACAUUCAUCAGCAAAAGAAGCAAAGAGGAGUUGAUGAAGCUCUUCUAAGGUUGUACCAGCCAAUUAUAUGGAGAGCAUUCAAGGUGGCAAAUCCCAUGGUCAGAGCUAAUGCAGCAGCUCUGUUGACAGAUACAUUUCCAUUGCAAAAUCCAGAUGCUGGAAAUGAAGAGAUUGACGAACUUCUUCAGAAGCAGUUUGAUAUUCUGAAGGACUUGAUGGAGGAUCCACACCCUACAGUGAGAGCUACAGCGACCCAUGGUGUCUGUCGCAUCACUGGAGUAUUCUGGGAACUUAUUCCGGCUCACAUCAUCAAGAUGUUUCUAACAAAACUGGUAACAGAAUUGGCUUUUGAUAGGUCCUCCAGUGCUGUAAGGGUAGCAGUAUUUCAGGGCUUAAAGUUCUUGCUGGACAACCGUCUUAGCCAUCCUCUAUUGAAGUCGUUGCUAAGCAAUUUACAAGACUUGGUCCAUGAUCAGGCAGAGAGAGUCCGGGUGGCUUUUCUUGAUGUUCUGCUGUUAGUCAAAGGCCUAAAGGCAGUAAAGUUCUGGAAUGUAGUUCCACUAGAGCAGUUACUCGCUCGGCUGGAGGUGGAACAGUCUGCGACCGUGAUUAGGAGACUUGUAAAACUGCUCGUCAAUUCAUUUCAUCCUACCAGAAAGAGUGUCGAUGAACAGGCCAUUCGGUGUUCAGCUUUGUGGCAAUCCAAUCCUCUCGCAGCCAGGAAAUUUUAUCAAUAUGUUCACCUACACACAACUGUAUCGGCUACAGGCAAGUUCAUAGCAUUUCUGGGUAACUGCCUGAUGGAGUGCGCAAGAAAUGAACACAAUGAAAGUAGUCUGUCCUUGGAACCUGAUAACCAAGCUGAGGACAAGGAGAAUUCUGAGUGCUUGGAGAAAAUUGGGACAUGUGAUGUGAGCACGCUAGCAGGGCUGGCCGAGACAAUAGCCAUCUGCUGGGGAGGUAUCAAGGACAAAUUGGACAAGUCCGCCAACGAUGCAACGAGGUCGAAGUUGGUUGAGAAGUUUACAAAGGCUCUUCCCAUACUGUUUGGAGUAUUUAAGCAAACCCGCAUUCAGGCAGCUUGUUUGGUUAUUGCUGGAUUUCUACCGGCGUCGUCGCUGCCUGCCUUUAGUUUUGAUUAUAACUUCGCAAUCAGAAUUGAGCGCGGAAGCUCUCUUUUAUGGAUACUGGGUGAGCCUACAUGCCGAACAGCAGUGCAGGAGCGCCAUGACAAAUUACGAAAUAUUGCUGAUAAUUUAAGGCUGAUUAUGGCGACAAUUGAGUCUCGUCUCUCAUCAGCUGACUCAGUACCAGUCCCUUUGUCCGCAAGUGAUGAAGAAUUUUUUCAGAAGGCUUUCCAGGCGUACUGUCUGUUAGAAAUCCACUUGCACCACAUGGAAAAGAAUGACGAUUAUGAAGGAGCUUCGACAGCCAUGGAAAACGUGCUCGUCUGGGCUGACAGAGUGUUACUGCCAAUGAUUAACAUGGACAGGAAAGUUUCAGUUCAAUUGAUCAAAGGAGGUACUGGUACCAAACGUGCCCGCGAAGAGGAACAAUUAUGCUGUUUGGCAACUCAUUUAGUAGAGACCAUUUUGAUGUGCCUGAGCGAAAUAGUCAUGCUUCGAAUGGCUGAAGAAAACUUCUACAACCAUGCAGCAGUUUUUACAACAUCGCUAGCAAAAAUCGGCUGCAAAGCAGUGGAGUUUUUACCGCAUCUUUCCAAACUGCUUUAUCAACUUGCUCACAGCUUGCUUUUGAGUGAUGAAACAGGGAAUGUCGCUGUUCAAAGCGGGCCUGUGUCGAUUGUCCUGACAAACAUACUUCAAAUACUGACUGCUUGUGACAGUACAGAAGUGGAUGUUCUAACACAGGCACUUCUUACAUUCCGUCCUGCUUUGGCUGAAGUUCUCAUGCUUACUGAGCUUGGUCGGAAACGCGGAAGUGAAUCAAAUGCGUGUGUCGUUACACCGCUGUUAUCUGCUGUAUUGACGAACAUUACGCAACAGACGCGCGCUGUGGAAGAUGAUACUGAUGCUGUGCCUGAGUUACCUAAAUUUGCAAGUUUUAUUUUGAAAAUGAUAACAAGCACUCAGCCGUUGUUGAGAUCCUUUUUGUUGGAAUUGAAACAGCGAGUUUUGUCCGGGGCGCUCGAUAAGAACAUAGACCAACAGGAAGCUGUUAUUUCACUUCUCGGAGCCAUUCGAGGAAAAGCUGAAACAAGUAUCGUUAAGACUUGCGCUCUUCAAAUUAGCGAACAGCUAAAGGCGUGUGAUGGAAGCGAUGUUGGGGAACAAAGGAAUGAGAUUCAACGUGCCCGUUCACAGGUCCAAAUAUUACUCUCCAAGUUACAGAUUGUGGAUUAAAAGGUUGAAACUGAGGGCUGGUGUAACAGACUUUUCAAGUAGCCUGUCGUAUUUAGACUCGUAUUUGACUCGUUUUUGUUAUGGAGCAUGUUAUUUGAAAGAAACGUGUCUUUAACGUUCUUCAACUGUUUACAUGUGGCUCGUACCAGUUCUCUUGGAGGAAAUUGCGGUCUGGGCAACAACUUUAGUUAAGUUUUUCGCGCAUUACUGUAGACAAACGUUGAAAUUCUGUCAUGAAAGAGUGUCAAAUUGGACAGGUUUGCAACAAAUAAAAUGUUAAUUCUGCGUUU